UUUUGACAGGUCAUUCCAAUUCAUUCAUAUAGUUCGCGUUUCAUUGGUCGUUAAACAUAUAAAGUUCUGUGGAUCAUUUUCAAUCAUGAGGGGUUCAAUUCCAACCUUACCAGAAAGCUUUAAUACCAAGCAAAAAAUGCACUGAGGUAUCUGAAUUAUACAGAUAACUUUUGAGUUGUGAUGAAAUUCAUAGGUUCACAUGGGAAAAUGGUCUAGGAAUUCUCAUAUUUUUCCCUCUAUGGAAGGCCUCAUCAUACUUCUUUGCUUCUUUGCCCUGCCUCAUCUAAUUAUAUCCACCAUAGUGGAUGCCAUAAAUACGACUCACUCCCUUAGAGAUGGUGAAACCAUAGUUUCGGCAGGUGAAAUCUUUGAACUAGGAUUCUUUAGCCCGGGUGGUACCGGCAAGCGAUACUUGGGAAUAUGGUACAAAAAAUCUAUCCAGACUGUUGUAUGGGUAGCCAACAGAGAAGUUCCCCUCAAUGAUUCAUCAGGUGUUGCAAAAGUUACCAACCAGGGAAUUUUUUUCAUUCUCAGUGGUAAAGGCAUAAUUAUUUGGUCUUCCCACUCUCCAAGACCUGCGCAUAAUGCAGUUGUACAGCUGCUGGAUUCAGGUAACCUUGUUGUGAAAGAUGAGAGAAGCAAAAGCUUCUUAUGGCAGAGCUUUGAUCAUCCAUGUGAUACACUGCUACCAGGUAUGAAGAUGGGAAAGGACUUCGUUACAGGCCUAUAUCGUCAUCUGUCCUCAUGGAAAAGAUUUGAUGAUCCUGCUCGAGGAAAUUUUACAUUUGGACUUGAUAUUAAUGGAUUUCCAGAGUGGGUCUUGAAAGAAGGUUCCAUGGUGAGAUUUAGCUCUGGACCUUGGAACAGUUUGCAGUUUAGUGGGAUGCCUGAAAUGAGGUCAAGCCCCACUUUCAUGAAUGACUUUGAUUUUAAUGCAAAAGAGGUAUAUUUUGGAUAUAAUCAUGGCCUUCAAUAUAGCUCAAUUCCUACAAGGGUAGUGAUCACUCAGAAUGGAGAUUUAAAGCAUUUCAAAUGGAUUGAUCAAACCCAAGGUUGGAUGCAUUAUCGUUCAGCACAAGAGGAUACUUGUGACAACUACGGAUUAUGUGGUGCAUAUGGUUUAUGUAAUGGUAAUAACACCCCAGUUUGUAGUUGCUUGAGUGGAUUUGUGCCAAAAAACAAAACAGAAUGGGAUAAGGAACCAGGGUCAGGUGGGUGCAUUAGAAAGACUCCACUGAACUGUUCUGGAGAUGGAUUUAUGGAGGUCUCUGGAGUAAAGUUGCCAGACUCAAGACAAUCCCUAGUUAACAACACCAUGAACCUUGAGGAGUGCAAGAACCAGUGUUCAAAGGACUGCUCCUGCACAGCUUACGCUAAUUUGGAUAUAAGAGAUGGAGGAAGGGGGUGCCUGCUAUGGUUUGGUGAACUAAUUGAUAUUAAAUACUCCACUGGAAGAGGACAAUCAAUUUAUAUAAGGAUGGCCAGCUCAGAACUAGAUCAAACUCAUAGCUUGGGCGCAAACAAAUCCACUGUGAAGAAAAAGAUGUGGAUUGUAGUCAGCUCUGUGUUCUUUACUUUGUUGGUCAUUGUAGGCAUAGCCCUGGUCCUUUUUGUUUGGAGGAAGAAACACCAGAAAAAGGGCUCAAUGGGAGGCCUUCCAGAAAGUAGUUAUAAAUAUGAGAAUCAGGAGGAAGAUCUUGAGUUGCCAUUAUUUGAUUUCGCAAUAAUUGCUCGUGCAACCAAUAACUUUUCUCCUAAGAAUAAAAUUGGAGAAGGUGGCUUUGGAUCUGUCUUCAAGGGUGUCUUGGAGGAUGGACAAGAAAUAGCCGUGAAGAUGUUGUCAAAAAGUUCUACACAAGGAGACAAUGAGUUCAAAAAUGAAGUUGAACAAAUUGCAAAAGUUCAGCACCGCAAUUUAGUGAAGCUUCUAGGGUGCUGCAUUCAAACAGAUGAAAAGGCAUUGGUCUAUGAAUUUAUGCCUAACAAAAGUCUGGACUUCUUUUUAUUUGAUCAAGUUCAAAGCAUGUCAUUGGAUUGGCCUAUGCGCUACCAUAUCAUCGAUGGGAUUGCUCGAGGGCUUCUUUAUCUUCAUCAAGAUUCCCGACAAAGAAUUAUACAUAGAGAUCUAAAGGCCGGUAAUAUUUUACUAGACAAUGAAAUGAAUGCAAAAAUUUCAGACUUUGGUUUGGCUAGAAGUUUUGGGGAGAAACAAACUGCAGCAAAUACAAGCAGGGUGGUGGGAACAUAUGGAUACAUGUCUCCAGAGUAUGCCAUUGAUGGGGUCUACUCGAUUAAAUCUGAUGUCUUUAGCUUUGGUGUUUUGGUACUAGAGAUAGUGAGUGGGAAAAGAAACAGAGGAUUCUAUCAUCCAGAUCACCAGCUUAACCUUGUUGGCCAUGCAUGGAGGUUAUUUACUGAAGGCAAAUCAAUGGAACUGGUUGCUGCACCGAUUAGCGACGCCCGGAACUCACAUGAAAUUAUAAGAUCUAUUCAUGUAGGUCUAUUAUGUGUGCAACAAAGUCCUGAAGACAGGCCAAACAUGUCAAAUGUUGUGCUGAUGCUGAGUUCCGAAGAUCCUUUGCCUCAGCCUAAACAACCAGGUUUUUUCCAUGAAAGGGAUCGGGUUGAAUUUAGUUCUUCAUCAAGCAGUCAAAAACAAUUUUUGUCUAAUAAUUUUACUAUAACAGUAUUAGAUGCAAGAUAAAUGACAUAUGCAUGUUACUGUUCUACAAUGAUCAAGGCAGAGCCUCCUUGACAUUCAUAUCUCUUCUUCCAAUAGGUCCACGAGUUCAAAAUUUCCUCCCCCAACUCAACUAUCAAAGUUGGUUUUGAUUGAAUGUUCUCUUUCUUUUCAUGUAUGUAGGCAUUUAUUAUAUCCUUUUGGAAAGUCAUGUUCAAAUAUAGGUUUGCAAUUUCACAUUCAUCAAGAAUAUAAUA